AUGGACGCACUCGAUCUCGACCACUCAUACUGCACUCGCUGCGAGACCUACAUCUGGCCUGAGAAGCGCCAGGUCGAGGUACAGGUACCAGCGAAGCCCGCCACUGCCACCGGCAUCGCCAAGAGCAAGUCGGGCACCAUCAAGGCAUCUACUCGUCGCACUGACGAAUGUGCCAACACCGUCAAGAAAAUCCGCACAGUCAUCUCACUCGAACAAGCCCCCCUCUACUGCUCUGAAAAGUGCAGGAAACUCGACCAGGAAUCCGGCAGUGCCAAUGGCCGCCGCAUCAUGGAGCACUUCCAGCCCUCUCCCUGCUCGACUUCAUCAUCACCCAUCUCUCCCUCGUAUGACCGCACCCAGCACAACAUGGACUACUUUACUCGCAUUGCCGGCGGCUCGCUUCCCUGGACGCGUCGACCAAGCACAACAUCGACUCGUUCGACCACAUCCAUGUCCAGUCUUGAGCUUCUCGAAGAGCAUCGCCAGUGGUCCCGUGCACUCCUAGCCGAGUCUGCUGAACGUCUAAGUCACUCCGAGUCUCCCGCUGCUAUCUCUGCCGAGUCCACCACGCUCCCCAAACCCAAGUCCAAGCCCGGUCUCCCCAAGCGAGACCAAGAUGAAACACCGGCACCAGUCCCAUUCACCCAUCGCCGCUGGAAGGAGGGCAGCAAGGAUAUGCGCCCGGACAUGACCCGCAGCGUUGAUGUUGACGUUGCCGCCCUCUAUGACCAAUAUCCCAUGUCCCAGCGAGUCAGGAGCGCCUCCAGCUUUGGCUCCGGCUCCAGCAUGCGCCGGGGCUCCAUGACAGCUUCCACUGUCUCCGACACCGCCUCGAUCCGUACCACAAGCUCACGUGGAUCGACCAGGCGCCAGGGAGCGCUCUCCGCCGACGCAACCCGUGGCCUCUUGGUUCCUUCGGUCAUGAUUCGCGAAGACGAAUGUGCGCGCUCGCCAAGUGAAGAUGGCGAAGAGCCAGAACCUUACUUUAUGCGCCGUAACCGUACCAUCACUCAACGCAAACACUCUUACUCUAAAUCAACUUCGGAAGCACCCCGUUCGCCCAAGGACAAGUCCAUUCAGGAGCUCGUCCGUGAGGCUGGAGGCCCCGAGUAUCACAAACGUCGAGGCAGCCGCCCGGUUUCGUCCUUGGGCGAGCCCGCCCCAUCAGGCCCCUUGUAUGAAAUUACCCGCUCUCCUCCCGGCCCCGUCAAGCGUCAUGCUAUUGAAGAGGUCGAGGUUGACGGAAAGAAGGAGCUCCGCAUUGUCGAGCAAUCUUGCUGGGAGCGGGAAGAGCCCCAAAAGCUCUUUCACUUUAUGGUUUAA